GGUGAGAUUGAGAUUGAGAUUGAGGGUAUAUGAUUAAAUUAUGGAGAGGUGUCGCUAAUGGUCUUGGUUUUGCCAAGAAGGGUUUAACUUGGUUCCCCAACAAUCUUAUCGGUUAUCAAGGGUGAUGAAAAUGAGUAUCAAAUGGGUUUGUAUUGGUCAUCAGGUGAUUGUGGAGUUUGUUUUCUUUUCUUUCUUUGUUUUGUUUGUUCUCUUAAUUUAUAUACUUGCCCUGGGACUUGUGCCAGUUGUUGCUCAACCAGUUUAUAUAAAUACCGAGGUAUAUAAAAUGAUCGUCGGUUACACAAUCUGGGGUAUCUGUAAACCUGGGGAAUAUAAUGCAUACUCUUCUUGUCUUAUGGAUAUCGUUCAAUAGAUGUGGAUAUGUGUCAUGAUUGGCAUCACCUUCGCCGAUACUACCCUCUAUCGCCAAGCUGUCGUAUAGCAGGCCACUCCGGCCUUGGCCAGUUGUUGCUGACAGGCGAACUUCAACUCAAGGAGACUAUUGAGCUUAGUGACUACGGA